AUGGCGGAAGCUUCAGCAAUGGAGGAACGAAGUCAACAUCUUGUCUACAAUGCGGAGCUUUCAACAACAUUUGCGACUUCUAUAAUACCCCUAGAUGUACAGGACACUGCGGAGAACACAAGCUACGAUCCCUCGUUGAAUCACCCACUUACUCACGACGAAGGUUCGGAGUCCUCAUCCUCAUCACGCCGCCAUUCUGUAAACGAACAGAUGCUUGAUGAUGACCUCGAGGAUGACCGGCUAGAGGGCACAAAGUCUGCGUCUAGCCGGUCAUCGCUCUCCUCCAUUCCUGACUCAGUUGUAGUUCACACCAAACAUAAACCUAUCGAUAACACUCAUAGCCCACACGGGGCCCGUAACAGCGACUACGAAUACAACGCGUUCGAUAGCUCUUUACACCAAAAGAUUCGCGACCGCAAUUCCCCUUUCAGACACGCAAGCUCCGUUCGAGCAAUGCAGAUGUAUACGGAAGAUGAGGAUGAGGAGUAUAUGUCUCCAUCAAGGCGACGAGGAGCGGGCUACCGGGGAUCAUCGGCAUCAAUGCUACGGUCUCCUGGAUCCCCACUUGCAAGACGACAUGGCUACCAUUCAGCCGGCGCAACGCCCAAGAAAGCGUCCAUCAGAACGGAAAACCCACUCGUUUUGUUACACUGCACGAUCCUGCCUCCUACGGUCGUCCUUGCUCCGGGGUUAGGUCUUCCGAAUCGAAGAAUCCUCGAAAGAGUACUUCCUCCACAGUUCUGGCGACGAUGGAAAACGCUGGAGGAGAAAAUCGGUGCAUCAGGUCUACUGCGUGACCGUGGAGUUCUCCUUCAGCAUCCACAGGAGGAUUACGGGCUUCUGGAAGAAAGGCUUUUGGAAAGUUUGGAGCUCCAGCGUCCCAGACUCGAAAAUGGUCAUUUUAUCAGCAAUAACGGCAGCGGAGAGUCGGGCAAUGAGAGCAAUAACGAAGAUGAUGAGAGCCGUCACUCGUCUGCCAAAUCUCGCGAGCCAUCAUGCCCUGAUUGCGGAUGCUUUGCCGGAAGACAUAACAACGAGAAAAAAUGGGAGGUCAGAUUUUAUGCGGCUAAUGGUCUAAUGAAAGAAGGUGCAUGGACAGCUGCCUGGAAGGAAAUUGAGCGCGUUGACGUGCAAGUCAGCCUUUGGCUACCUUAUGAGGUGAAGAUAGAGUUCGAGAGGCAGAUUUUAGAAGAAGCAGCGGCUCUUACGGUAGAUGACCAUAUUAAGAAGGAGACGCAAUCUAUCCUAAGCGAUAAAAGCUGUCUCUCACAGGAGGAGAUUGAUGGUUUGGAUUAUGCUACUCAGCAAGAUAGAGAGGUGCCAGAACCGCACACAGUGCCUUACGAUCAUUCAGAAAAGCAGCGUUCUGAGCCGAUCAUUUCCAAGACACAGAGAGCAAAGGGGCGAGAACCAGAUCUCCACACCCUUCUGAUUAACUAUAUUCGCAUUUUAGCAAGCGAUCGCAGAAAUAUUGUUACCGUCACAAGUGUUCUUCUCACUUUUUGGGUACUUAUUUACAGCAUCCAACCCAAAAAUAACCCAUUCACAUCCGACACAGUCAGAUUCGGUGAUUUUCCAGCAGUUAGUACUCAGGUGUAUCAUACGAGUUCUGCUUGCAUCCUGACUGAAGUACCAACAGAAAUCGCUGUUGUCGAAACUGAAGAGCGUAUGGAAGGGCCUAGUGCGAUUCAACGAGUGGCUCAAGACGUGAAUACUGAACAGAUCCUCGAUAGAGCGGCGACCUUUACGGCCUCUAGUGCGUAUAAUACGGAAGAGUAUAUUGUACAUGUUCAAGGGCCAAUUGAGGCGGUGGGCGAAGCCAAAUCAAUCGACCGCUCUACACCGAUACAGCCGGAUGUGGUCGAUAAGGCUGAACCAGAUACAGAAUCACCUGCCACAGAUUUUCAAAGCCUAAAGCAUGCCCCGUCUGGUCGAACUGAAGUCAAUGAUUAUAUCGAAUCUGACUUCCAUAGCGAGCUCAACAACGACCCUGCCGUCUUUAGUAGGCAUGAAAUUAACCUGGAGGAAGUAGCCUGA